CCAGGGCUGUGUGUGCUUUUCUGGGACCAUGAGGCUGCGGCGGAAAGGCGAUCUCCUCUGCACGUUCCUCCUGCUAACAACGUUUGGUAUUUUGCUCUACAUCCAAAUGCGCUCGGACACCCCGUGGCUGGAUAAGCCCGAGCAAAGACGGCAAGCCGGAACCGAGAGGUACGCCCUGCUGGGGAGCACCAAGACAGCAACUCGGCUGGCGUUGACCAGCAGCUCGCCAGGGUCGGAGAGGGUCUGUCAGCCAGGCCAACAGCUAGACACUGCCCGGGAGCAAAGGCUAACAUCAGCGCCCUCCAACCUUUUACCCUGGAACUACCGCCAGUACCUCUGGCAAAAGGAUUGCCGGGAGUUCCGGCAGAUCAUUAACCAGGAGAACAAGUGCCGGAAGGUGCGAGGAGAACAACUGUUACUGAUCUCUAUCAAGUCCAGGGUGGAAGAGUUCGAAAGGCGCGAAGUCGCUCGCAAAACCUGGGCGCGGGAGGGCGAGGUCCGCCACCUGCAGGUCCGCAGGCUCUUCCUGCUGGGAAUCCCAGCCAACCAGAGCUCCCUAGCUUCCUGGAGCCGCCUGCUGGAGCAGGAGAGCCAGACCUACCAGGACAUUCUCCUGUGGGACUUCCAGGACACGUUCUUCAACCUCACGCUGAAGGAGAUCCACUUUCUCAAGUGGCUGGAUCAGUUCUGCUCCUCUGCGGAGUUCGUCUUCAAAGGGGACGACGAUGUCUUCGUCAACGUGGAGAACAUCGCCGACUUCUUGGCGGACGCCGACCCCAAGGAUGACCUCUUCGUGGGUCACAUCAUCUACCAGGCGCUGCCCAUCAGAUCCAACAAGAGUAAAUACUUUAUCCCGGAGAUGAUGUACGGCCCAGGGGUUUACCCUGUCUACGCGGGAGGUGGGGGCUUCCUCAUGUCGGUGCACACCGCUCGGAGGCUGUACCAAGCCAGCAAGGAGGUAGAUCUCUUCCCCAUCGACGAUGUCUUUCUGGGGAUGUGCUUGCUGCGGAUCGGCCUCGAACCCCUGACUCAUGAAGGAUUCCGAACAUUCGGCAUCGUCCGGCCCUCAGCCGCACCCCACAUGCAGACGUUUGACCCGUGCUUCUACAAGGAGCUGAUGGUGGUCCACAGCCUGAAGGUGCCCGAAAUCUGGCUGAUGUGGAGCCUCCUCCACGACCCGAAGCUGGACUGCGCUCGCAAGGGGUCCAUGAAGCGCCCCUUCAGGUGGCGGGUCAAGCGGAAGUCCCCGUCCCCCUCUGUCUGGACAUUAAAGCACUGACAGAGGACAGAAAGGGAAGCUCUCUCCCGUUACUUGGAGACAAGCCCUCAGUUAUUACCCUUGGAAAUUUGUACUUUGAAUGUUUUAUAAAUAUUUCUUUUUUAAAAAUAUUAUUAUUUAAAGUCACCCAUGGCAACAGAUAGGUGCACCUCCAAAGCACAAUGGUUUAUAAUGUCAAACACGAGGGAUGGGUUCAUCUAAAUCACAGCCAUUUCUUCCUGACCAAUGGUUUCACUCAGACCUACCGUUUAGCAUCUUAUAGACUGAAUCUUUCCGGCGUUCGUAAGCCAGGAACAGUAGGGAGGUGCUGAACACAUUGGCACAGGCCAGGACUGGGAUGAUAGAGCUGGCAUCAGCCAAUCUUGGCGAUGGUGAGGCCCUGCAGACACCAGCCCUGUGCAAACAAAAAGAAAACAAGCCAGUUCCUGCUGGCUGCUUACAAACUGAAAAUAUAACCCCGUCGAUGCACACAGGAGGCAAUGUGGCCCAUCCGCUCCUUACUAGUGGCCAACAGAACAAGUCGAUCAUUCCCAUUCCCCUUACAAUCCCCAUCGCCCAGAAAUUUCCAGAAGUGUCCAUCCAAUGUCAUUUUGAAACUAUUCAUCCUACCUGUUGGGAGUUUGAAGUUAAUCUGCACCAUCCUUCCAGGUGGUGAAUUCCAGGUCAUUAUCACUCAUUGCUUUGAAAAAGGUUUCUUCUUUACAUUAUCCUUACAUCCCUUUCCUGAAGUAUUUAAAUCCAUCUCCUCAUACUUUGGCAUCAACAAAUACUGACCCCGUGAACUUCUGUCAAGUCUAUUUCUUGGGACCAAUCCAAGUUUCUCCUGGAGCUAAUUUUUUUUUAUCCCCGGGACUUUCUGGUGAAUCUGCCUUUGAACUCAAGACCUCAAUCCCAUUUGCUGUUCUAACUUAUUUUUAAUGUGUGCUGGCUCCUUCAGAGAUCCAUGCACAUGAACCUUUGUUUUUGUAUAGUGUUCUGAUUUGUCUGUCAGUAUAACCCUUGUGCCAAAUGCAUCAUUUAAUACCUCUCUGUGCUAAAUACCAUCUGUGCCACUUACCUGCCCAUUCUGUUCACCUAUUCUUGGUAGUCAGUAGGUAUCAUCCUCACAGAUUUGCCACGAUUUUUGAGAAGAUUUGUAGCUCAGGUUGAGGUUCUGGGCGUGAGUUUGCUCGCUGAGCUGGAAGGUUAGUUUUCAGACGUUUCGUCACCAUUCUAGGUAACAUCAUCAGUGAUCCUCCGACGAAGCGCUGGUGUUAUGUCCCGCUUUCUAUUUAUCUGGUUAGGUUUCCUUGGUUUGGUGAUCUCAUUUCCUGUGUUGGUGAUGUCAUUUCCUGUUCUUUUUCUCAGGGCGUGGUAGAUUGGCUCCAAAUCAAUGUGUUUGUUGAUGGAGUUCCGGUUGGAAUGCCAUGCUUCUAGGAAUACUCGUGCGUGUCUCUGUUUGGCUUGUCCUAGGAUGGAUGUGUUGUCCCAAUCAAAGUGGUGUCCUUCCUUAUCUGUAUGUAAGGAUACGAGUGAUAGUGGGUCCUGUCGUUUUGUGGCUAGUUGAUGUUCAUGUAUCCUGGUGGCUAGCUUUCUGCCAGUUUGUCCAAUGAAGUGUUUGUCACAGUUCUUGUAAGGUAUUUUGUAGAUGACAUUCAUUUUAUUUGUUGUCUGUAUAGGGUCUUUUAAGUUCAUUAGCUGCUGUUUUAGUGUGUUGGUGGGUUUGUGGGCUACCCUGAUGCCAAGAUGUCCGGGUAAUCUGGCAGUCAUUUCGGAAAUGUCUUUGAUGUAGGGGAGAGUGGUUAUGGUUUCUGAGCCCGUUUUGUCUGUUUGUUUGGGUUUAUUGCUGAGGAAUCGGCGGACUGCGUUCAUAGGGUACCCAUUCUUUUUGAAUACGCUGUAUAGGUGAUAUCUCAGUUCAGCGAGCAAACUCACACCCAGAUUUGCCACAUUGCCAACAUUGAAAUCAUUGGCAAAUUUUGAAAUGUUCCUCUGUAUCCCAAAAUUCAAGUCGUUUAUUUAUCAGAAAAAAUCGUGCUUCAAAUAUUUAAGCUCACCAUUGACUACCAUCCUCCAGCCUGAAAGGGAUUUAACACAACUGGCUAAUUUCUGUUAUCAAGGUUAUUAUUUUAUCCAAGCUGACACUGGCCUAUUUCAAGAGUUUCAGUUUGAUUAACCAAUUUUCAUAUGUUGAACUUCGUGAAAUGUUUUCUUAAAACCCAUAGAGACAACAUGCAUUGCAUUACAUCAUUUUUCAGUUACUUAGCUAACAUAACUAGCAAACAAUCCUGAGUGUGCCAACACCUGCACUAACAGCUUGUUUAAGAAAAUCAGUCAAGUUGAUAAUGUUUUCUAGGAGUGAUAUAUGUUCAUAUACUAGGUCCUGCUCUUUGUAGACAAAAGGAAAAUGUUCAAACUUUGCUCAUUCUUUGAAUUAUCUGUGAACUGGGUAACUGUGAACUGUGAACAUGGUAACACCUCAGGCCAACUAGAUUUGGCUUACCAUCAUAUGGGCAUGCUUUUCUCCGGUAGUACAAAUAGCUGUCAUUGUUUAACAUUUGGCAUUCUCGAGUUUGUCAUUAUGAGUGCAUGGCAAAAAGCUUUGGCAAUCUGAUUAUCAUUCUUACUACUCAUCACUGAUGUUAAAUUGACUGUCUUGUAGUUACCAGGAAUGUCUUGACACUCUUGUGAACAAGGAUGUCACAUUUACUUCUUUCCAAUCCUCUAGCACCUCCGUAUUUCUCAGGAAAAUCACAAGUUUAUGGUGAGCACUGUUUAAGCAUUCUAGCCUAAGCCUGUGCCUCUAAGUGUAUACAAUCUAGUAUGUUUUUGUUUGCAAGAAUUCUCUGAUACUUUGUAAAUCAGAGUAAUUUAGCAUGUUGAAUUGCAAAAUAAAUUCCCUACAGUUUUGACAAGACUACAACAGGUCUCACUUUUAGCAAUCCAGAGACAUGCAGCAUCCAGGAGUUUCUGAUAUGAGGAAUAGGUCUGUGAGUGGAAUAAAAAUUCCGAACCCCAGCUCCCCUCCUCUCUCCCCACUCCAUCUGCCUCACAUUCUGUCUUGUCCCCUCCUCUCCCCCACUGCCUCUCCCUCCAUCCAUACCAGCCAUAACUCACUUUGCAGCAUUGUCAUCUCUGAAUCACAAGAUUCCAGAUUUAAAUCCCACCCUAGUACAUAAAUCAGGCCUGAUACAUUUGUUGCGUGAUGUACUGUUGGAAGAGCUCUCUUUUUGGAUGAAAUGUUCAAACCAAGGUCCUAACUACCUACUUGGGUAGACCAAGAAGAUCCCACAUCACAGUUCUGACAAGGAGCAGGGGAGCUAUCGCUGGGGUCCACAUCAUUGUUUCUCCCUUGCUCAACAUCAUUGAAGCAGAUUAUCUAGUCAUUGUCAUGUUCCUGUUUUGAUUAUCACAUUUCUUCCGUUACAACAGUGACCAUACUGCAUUGGCUGCAAAGCACUUCAAAACUUGGUCAUCAAAAUCACUACAUAAAUGCAAUUUUAUUUCACAUUUUCUAUCUGUACUAGUGUGACAGGCUAGUUAAUGGAGUCACCCCAUGCAGGGCCGAGCCAGUAUAAAUAUUAAAGGACUUUAAACUGCUCUAGGCAGUCCCAUUUUUGUAAAAAUACAUUGUAAAAAUAACUGAAUUUUUAUACUUUGUCUUCGCUCAAUAAACACCAGUUAUAGAAUCUGGAUUAACUGUAAUUCUAACAUCUCUUUAAUAAUUAGAUUUUAUAUUAUUAUAUACUUUCUCCACCUUGAAAAAUGUCAAAAGCAUGAUGGGGAAAGCAACUUGUAAUAUUUGUUUUGUCCAAAUGUAUUGGCAACUUGCCUGGAAACUGUUAUGAUAACAACAUUGUCCUAGAUUUGGCCGGAUAAAACAGAGUUUCAUAACUUAAAAUUACCUCAGUUGCUCACAUAGCAGUAGAUGAGAAAUCUCUUCAUCUAAUCCGUCACAAAAUUGCUUAAAGCAGGUCAGUUUGCUCUUUUCUUGAAGUUCAAGUUCACAAGACCCCCUAAACAAAUAAAUCAGCUUGUCAUCAAAGCACCAGUCAAAAUACAGAAAUUCUUCCAUUUUGGGGAACAAUGUACCAACCUGUUUAGGGCUGUUUGUGCCGAGCAGUACCAACUCUUACACAACUCACAAUCAAGAAUAGGCAAAGAUGCUUACCCGACAGAGUACAAUAUUGUACUAUUAAUGCAAACAUAAAUUUAGUUGCUCCUCUCGGUGAUGGAAGGCCAGGGAAUGUUGUUGGAAAUGUAGGACUCUCCCAGAAUUCACAGCAGAUGUACUGAGAGAAGGUAGAAUGCUCAGCUUAUAAUGUAAAAUAGGGUCUCGGUAGAGGAACCAGCCAUUCCCAUUCUCUGCUGUGACCCCCAGCUGCUGAUAUAAAUGGCAGACAGCCACUUAACAAUAUUCAGCAUUUAUUUUGGAAUGAUUUUCAGUAUGCAUGAGCCAUUGCAGAUGUUUGCCUUGGAUAGUGGCUCCUUCUUCUCCCUCCAUUUCACCUUGUUCCCCAUGCUCCUCGGUUCAUCAGAGGUCAGAAACACUUAUUGCAAUUCCACCAAAAUUCAGUGCUGCAGCCAAAUUUUUUGACACAAUUCAAUAAGCUUUCAAAAUUGGACUUUGACCUAUAUGGCCACAGCCACAUCAUCCACCAACAAUGGCGAGUUCAAAAUCAUCUAAGCCACAUUAUUCUAAGCAUUUUAGAGGCAGAUACAAAAUGGAAAAUUGUUGUAAACAAGAGAUAUGCUAUCAAAACGUUUUAUCUUACACUAAGUACAGAUGCAAGAAUGUGGCAUUUUAAAGAAGGCAAUAAUUUAUUUUGCAUGAGAACAAGAGUACCAUUUGGCUGACAAAUCUACUCUGAUUGGUUGAGGCAUUGCCAUGGAGAAUGCACCAAGAAACGGAUAUCCUUCAUGCAUUUGUUUAACUUGAAAAAGGCACAAUGCCUGUUCAUAUUUCAUUCUCCUGCAGAGGACAGGCCUGUGCACUAUGAAUAUUGGCAGCUUCUACCAAAUGUAGGGAGUGUAAACUUAUCAAACAAGACAUGUUCAAAUAGUCACAAUAGGCAGGUUGCUAACUGGCUCAAUCUAUACAUUCUGGCAAAAUUAAGAAAAAAAGUCGAAUGUUAUAUGUGAUUAUACACAGCUUGCACCUACUGAACAAUCCCAAGUGCCCUAUAAAUUACACAAAUAACCAAUUUAAGAUGAUUAGUCAGUCUCAAAUAUGGCUGAGUUUUGCUUGCUAGAAGCUACAUAAAUUCAUGCUCCUAGUUCUUAUGUUUAUGUGCAGAGAGAUGACCUCUGUGGGACAAAGGAACAUUUCUGGAUAUUGCCCUUUCUGAAUUAAGUAAAAGCAUGUGGGCACAACAGUUCUGUGGUGCAUUUUCCAUGUCAUUACCUCAAACAAGCAGCAGCUACUUGACAACCAAUUUGCAACCUUUUCAUAUGCAGUAUAAAUUAUGAUUUCAUUUGAAAUUGACAUUCUUGUAUCUGUCCUGAUGAGUGCAGACAAAAAGCUUUAACAACAUGUCUCUUAAAUUCUGUACUACCAAGCAGCUAUAACAGAAAAUGGAGAGCCUUAUAAAUCACAGGAUGCCAGUGUGUGCUGCCAUGUUAAAGCUCUGAGCAUUCAGGGUUCAACCCUGAUCAGUAUUGG